AUGUUCGUGGCGCUGGAAAUUAAAGAAGAUCUCACAUCAGAAGCCGACGCGUUGCAGUCCAUUGUGAGAAUGGCCAAGUUAAGAUCGCCGAAAUUAAAGUUGCUGAAUGGAAAAGAAGAAGGGAUUCGUGAGCCAGACUUUAAGGGCCCCAAGCAAGUAGCGUAUGUGCGCUUGCGCCGAAACGAGCGUGCUGACCAUGUUAUUCUUUCGUCUGGAGAGAAGUAUUCAUACUCAAAAGCAAUGUUGGAGCCGCUGCUACAACACCUGUCCGAUUUGUCAAGUUCAAAGUUCUAUACAGAACUAAACGCUUAA